AUGCAGCUCUCCCUUGCUGUCGUGACUGCGGCUGUCAGCCAGGCCGUCGUGAGCACAGCUUCGACCCUGACGCCGCCCGUGCUACCGUUGAUCGUGCGGAACCCGUAUCUCAGCACCUGGUUGGGUGACGCACGAGAGCCACCAUGGUCCAAAUGGCCCAUGUUCUAUACAGGAGAGGAGCUUGGUCUCAGUCUGAUGGCUCAUGUGCCGAGCCAGAAGACGGUGUAUCCGCUGGUCGGCAAACCGCAAGACUUUAUGGCCUCAAAUGCUGGAUACAACGUUCAGUUUCCCGAUUACUUGGGCCAUAACUAUGAUGCCUCCACGACCAACUUGACCUAUCGCAUUGAGACGAACGCGGCCAAGCCACUGGAGGUCACCGUGUCUUUCCUUUCUCCCAUCACCCCGACUUCGACUCUGCGGCAGUCAAUCCCAGCGUCAUACGUGAGUAUUGACGUUCAGGGUGAUCUCGAUAUCAAUGUCUACAUGGACGUUGAUGGGAGAUGGGUUAGUGGAGACGGAAACAGCCAACUGUACUGGGAAUGGGACAGUCUCUCGACCGAGACAGCACCCAAGGACAAGAAGAGAGACCACGUUGAAUCUCCAGGCUUACAGAGAUGGCGUAUUCGUCGCGAUUCCGAGCUGGACUUGUCCGAGAUCCGUGAUCGAGCUGAGUGGGGAACCGUCCAUUUCACUGGGCCUGAUGAUGCUCGUCACAUGUCGGGCGAAGCCACAGUCGUAAGGCGGCAUUUUGCAGAAACGGGGUCGUUGGGCAACUCCAAUGACGAAGAAUUCCGAGCCAUUGGCGAUCGAUCACCAGUCUUUGCUUUCUCCAAGACCCUCAGACCCGGAAAAGCGAAGUCGAAAUCCCAGAGUGUCACCUUCACUGUGGCGCUCAUUCAGAUUCCCGUCGUACAGUUCGCUGCGGCUCGCGGUCUGACGAUGAUGCGGCCUCUGUGGGAAUCAUACUUUCCAACUGCUGAGCAACUCCUUGGCUGGCAUUACCACGACUACGCUGCGGCAAGCUCUCUAGCCUCCAACUAUUCAUCCCAACUGGCCAAGGAUGCAUACCUUUCGGGGGCAGACGAUUACGUCGAUAUCGUUGCGCUGAGUGCACGACAAGUAAUGGGUGCCACUCAAUUCUCAGGCACCCCCGACAGCCCAAUCCUAUUCCUGAAGGAGAUCUCCUCCAAUGGUAACUUUCAGACCAUUGAUGUGAUUUUCCCUGCUUUCCCAUUCUUUUUAUACACGAACCCCCGUUGGCUGGCCUACCUGCUAGAGCCGCUCAUUGAACAUAUGCUCAGUGGCCAAUACCCGAAUACCUAUGCCAUGCACGAUCUGGGAACUCACUUCCCCAAUGCUACCGGCCAUCCGGACGGUCACGACGAAUAUAUGCCAGUGGAAGAGUGUGGUAAUAUCUUGAUUAUGGGCUUGGCAGUCGCCAAUUCGCUCCAAUACGAAGAGAGCUCCAAGGCCUCUUCUAUCUGGUCUGCUCUCGGUAAUCAGGGGCGCUCAAGGGCUGCGGAAGACUCGGAUUUGUUCCCUCUCAACGACCUGCAGACCAUGUCGGGUGUGGACUAUCAAGACAGCCGAUGGGGCGGAGGCGUUGAGGGAACGAAACUGGCAAAGAAAUGGGUUGAGCGAAGCUACAGCUUGUGGAAACAAUGGACCGGCUACCUUGUUGAAUUCUCCUUGGAGCCCGCCAAUCAGCUGUCUACUGAUGACUUUGCCGGAUGGUUGGCGCUGCAGACCAAUCUUGCGUUGAAGGGAAUUGUCGGGAUCAAAGCCAUGAGCAAAUUGUCGGAGCUCGUUGGUAAUGACACCGAUGCCUCCUAUUACAAGAAAAUUGCGGAUGAGUAUAUCUCCAAGUGGGAAGAGUUCGGCAUGUCGCGCGAUGGCUCCCAUGCCAAACUUGCGUACGACUGGCACGGAUCAUGGACAACCAUCUACAAUCUCUACGGCGAUGCCCAAUUGUGUUUCCACCUCGAAAACACUGAGAUCUCCUCGUCCACGACGUCUGCCUCAAAGCCAAAAUCCCCCGGCUUUGUCCCUCGCCACAUCUACCAAAAGCAAUCGAUCUGGUACCACUACGUGCGUCAGAAGUACGGUCUCCCCCUCGACAGCCGCCAUCUCUACACGAAGACAGAUUGGGAAUUCUUCUCCAUGGCCGUAGCAUCCAAACCCGUGCGCUCCGAGAUCCUCGAAUCAGUCGCUCGCUGGGUCAACGAGACGGUUACAGACCGACCCUUCACCGAUCUGCACAACACCGAAGGGGAUGGCAACUUCCCUGGGCCGAACUUUUUCGCUCGGCCUGUUAUUGGCGGUCAUUUUGCGUUUUUGGCGCUGGGUCGAGCGUGCGGUGGACGGGCUAUGGAAGGAUUGGCCUUUUUGGACGAGGUGGAUCGCGAGACGAUGCAGAGCUGGUCUGCUAUCGCCAAGGCUGCUGCGGAUGACUUGAAUGAUCCGUGGCGAUUGCGUCAUGAUGAAGGUGAGCUUUAG